AUGGUGGUGGCUGUUGCAGUGGUGGUGGUUGUUGCAGUUGUGGUGGUUAUUGCAGUGGUGGUGGUGGUUGCAGUGGUGGUGGUUGUUGCAGUGGUGGUGUGGUGGUUGCUGCAGUGUGGUGGUGUGGUGGUUGUUGCAGUGGUGGUUGUUGCAGUGGUGAUGGUUGUUGCAGUGGUGGUGGUUGUUACAGUGGUGGAAGUGGUUGCAGUGGUGGUGGUUGUUGCAGUGGUGGUGGUUGCAGUGGUGAUGGUUGUUACAGUGGUGGUGGUUGUUACAGUGGUGGAAGUGGUUGCAGUGGUGGUGGUUGUUGCAGUGGUGGUGGUUGUUAAAGUGCUGGUGGUUGUUGCAUUGGUGGUGUGGUGGUUGUUGCAUUGGUGGUGUGUGGUGGUGGUAGUUGCAGAGGUGGUGGUUGUUGCAAUGGUCGUGGUUUUUGCAGUGGUGGUGGUUUUUGCAGUGGUGGUGGUUGUUGCAGUGGUGGUGGUUGUUGCAUUGGUGGUGGUUGUUGCAUUGGUGGUGGUUGUUGCAGUGCUAGUGGUUGUUGCAGUUCUGGUGGUUGUUGCAGUGCUGGUGGUUGUUGCAGUGCUGGUGGUUGUUGCAGUUCUGGUGGUUGUUGCAGUGCUCAUGGUUGUUGCAGUGCUGGUGGUUGUUGCAGUGCUGGUGGUUGUUGCAGUGCUGGUGGUUGUUGCAGUGCUCAUGGUUGUUGCAGUGCUGGUGGUUGUUGCAGUGGUGGUGGUUGUUGCAGUGGUGGUGGAUGUUGCAGUGGUGGUGGGUGUUGCAGUGGUGGUGGAUGUUGCAGUGGUGGUGGUUUUGUAG